AUGGACAGCUCUCCCGCCUCGCCUUUGGCCCCCAGGGAUCCCAGCUCCCCUGAAUCUUCGAUCGGCGAACAAAUCGCCACUCUACAGGCCCAGCUUGCCGCUCUGCAGGCCUCGCAACCCGCCGCCGCCGCAGCCGCCGCACCCCCGGCCGUCACCGUCGUGCCGGGGAACGCCGCCACCGCAUCCAAGGUCGUGUUUCCCAAGCACGCUCGUCUGGACGGCCCCAAGUCGUUCACCAACUGGUUGCGUCAACUCCGUCUUGCACUCCCGAACCAGGUUCGUGGUUACGUUCUCGACGGUGUCGUUCCCCCGACCUGGACCGCCGACCAGCUUGCCGCACGUGACGACGCCGCCCGGGAAAUCAUCGUUGGCUCUAUCGACUCCGCCGACGUAUCGGCCACCCUCGACGCCAUCCCCAGCGACGACCUGUCGGCACCGCGCAUCUUUGCCGCUCUCAAGGCUCGUUUUGCACCGGACGACGCUACACGCACUCUCGAGUUGUUCGCUCGCCUUUGGGACUUCAGGAAGAUGCCUGCCUCCGUCGAGGCCUACGACACUUGGCUACGCGAGUACAUGUCGAUUGCUCAGGAAAUACGCGACGCCAAAACAUCGCUCAACGACGUGCUCGCCACCCACGUGCUCGCCAUGGUCCCGUCUUGCCUCGACAGCUUCCGACUCACGUUCACGGACGAGCAGCGAAACCGACGCGACCUUCCCGAACUCACGACGCUUACGGACCGCAUUCGCAUCCAGCUUCGUUCGGCAGGACUCUCGACCUCGCAUUCGGCCAUGCUUGCCACCAGCUCCCCCUGCCCCGCCUGCCGCGCUCCCGGUCACCGCCUGCGCGACUGCACUUCACGUGCGAAGCACCCGCCCACCGGCCCCUGCCGCCGAUGCCACAAGAAAGGUCACUGGGCACUCGACUGCAAGAACCGGGGUGAACAGGCACGUAGCAGCGACGACACCCAGGACGACACGUCUUCCUCCGCGGCCUCGCAACCGAACGUCGGCUAUUUCGCCUCCUGCCUCUUCGCUCGUCGCCAACUCCCAACUGACGCCUUUGUAGUCGAUUCGGGUGCCACGACACACAUGGUCGCCGACCGAUCUCUAUUCACGACUUAUCGUCAGACGGCACACACCAAGAUCGGCGGCAUCGCGGGCGGCAUCACGGCUAUCGGCAUGGGGGACGUGGCAUUCGUCGCCAAGACUGGACACCCGAUCACGCUCCGUGGUGUUCUUCACACGCCUGGCCUACACGUCAACCUCCUCUCUGUCUCUCGCCUCUGCGACACCGACCGCGUUUGUCUCGCCUUCACCAGCGACGGCAUCGACAUCGCCAAGGACGGCCGGGCCAUUGCUCACGGUACCAGGGUCAACGACGGUCUUUACCUUUUGGACGCGGAUCACACCAAGUGUCAGCAUCUUGCCUUCCUCUCACGCUCUGAGUCUCCCGUGCCCCUGCUUACCCUACACCGCUGCCUCGGCCAUCUUGCCCCAUCCUCUAUACAGAAGAUGAUUGCUGCAGGUUUGCUGGACGGGUUUGGGGCCGGGUACAGUGACAAAGACGUAGAGGAGUUUGUUUGCAAUGCUUGCCUUGGUUCCAAAGGUCACCGCCUUCCCUUUCCCGACUCUGAGUCGCAUUCCGCCGAGAGACUUGGCCUCGUGCACAGCGACGUCCUGUCGUUCCCCACUCCGUCCUUGACCGGGAAGCGCUACCUUGUCACGUUUCUAGACGACCACUCUCGCAAACUCUGGGCAUAUGCGAUCGAUCACAAAAGCGAUGUUUUCCCGACCUUCCAGACUUGGCUCGCCGAAGUGGAGUUAGAGACGAACGCGCGGUUGAGGAUCCUUCGAACCGACAAUGGCGGGGAGUACCGAUCAAACGCAUUCACGGAGUUCUGCAAAUCCAAGGGCAUUCGUCGUCAAUACUCUAUCCCUUACACGCCUCAACAAAACGGUCGCGCCGAACGUGUCAACCUCUCCAUCGUCGAGGGCGUCCUCGCUCUCCUUGCGGACGCCCGUCUGCCGGCCACCUUUUGGGAUGAAGCGGCUGCGUAUUUCGUUUAUUGCAAAAACAGGUGCUCACACUCAGCUUUGGCCAAACAGACUCCAGAAUCCGUUUGGAACGGCCAACGCACCACCGCCACCGCCCUCCACCCGUUCGGCUGCACAGCCUGGCUCACGGUCGCCCCGGACCUUCGCAGCAAGCUCGACCCCAAGGCCGCGCGCGUGAUCUUCACAGGUUACGACCUCGCCUCCAAAGCUUUCCGUUUCUUUGACCAUUCCAUCAACAAGAUUGUACUUGGUCGCAAUGCCACCUUCCUCGACGACGACUUCCCCGGCCUGCCAGUCACCACGCCCGUCGAUGCAGACGACACCGACCGUCAGUUCGUCGUUCCCGCCGACACGCCCGCCCCUGCCGUCAAGACGAGGACCCCACUAGUAAGGUCGGCGCACAUGGACGUCUCAUCCUCCCUUGAUGAUUCUGCCAUGAGCGCCGUUGACGUGGCCCCAGGGUACACUGGCGGAACCUUACUUAAUUCCACAGAUACCGAAUCGUCCUCGUCACCGUCUCCUGAGCCGUCCUCGUCACCGUCGCCCACAAACCCUUUGUCACCGUCGCCUGCGCUGUCACCGUCGUUGGCAGCGUCAUCGUCACCCUCGGUCUCACCGACCGACUCUGACUACUCCGCCGACCCUCUGGACCUCAUCGGCUCACAGACCCCGACUCGCCUUGGCCCACCGGACGUGCACCGCCCAGACUUCAGCACGUACCGUGAGCCCGCAUCGGCUGAGGAGUCGCCCGACGAACUCGACAUCAUUGGGCGUCACUCACGCGAUGAAUCGCCGGAUGAAAUCGAUUUCCUCACCCAACACCACCGCGCCUUCAUCGCCACAGACGACGACGACCCCACCCUCGACGCCAUCGAGCCCGUCAAAUCGAUCACUAGCGACCCCCAGACCUGGCGCGAAGCAAUGUCCAGCGACGAGCACAACAUCUGGGCUGAGGCCGCCGCCGCCGAGUUCACCGCCAUGCGCGACGACUUCAAGGUGUUCACCAUCGAGCCUCGCUCAUCUGUACCGCCGGGCGCCACCAUCGUCACCUCCAAAUUCGUCUGGAAGACCAAGCGCAACGCAAGCGGUGAAGUCACGGGGCGGAAGGCACGUCUUGUAGCGCAGGGUAACCGACAGCGCGACGGCAUCGACUUCUCAGAAACCUUCGCACCCGUCGCCCGUUUCUCCUCCAUUCGCUGCCUCCUGGCUCUUGCCGCUGCCAAUGGCUACCACGUUCAUCAGGCCGACAUCGACAAGGCUUACCUCCACGGCGAGCUCGAUCAUGAUAUCUGGAUGACGACACCACGCGGUUUCGACUUCCCGAGCGAUAAGGUUCUCCGGCUGCGACGCUCAAUCUACGGUCUCAAGCAGGCCGGUCGCAUCUGGAAUCGUCACAUUGACACAUCACUCAGGAAUCUGGGGUACAAGGCAACAGGCACUGAUCACUGCAUUUACUCUCGCAUUGACGAUCAGCAGCGGCCUCACUAUAUCGCCUUGUAUGUCGACGACCUCCUCAUUGUCAGUCCAGCCCUCGACGAGAUCGAACGUGUCAUCUCCGGCCUUGAACAGCGGUACGGCGUCAAACGACUCGGCCCCGCGGAGUACAUCCUCGGAAUCCAAAUACGCCGCCUGGACGACGGUUCCAUUGCUCUAUCCCAGGAGCGCUACAUCAUGGACGUGCUGGCCCGUUUCCACUUCGACACCACGACACGCGGCACUACGGUGCCGAUGACGCCCGGCCUCUCGCUCACGGCAAUUCCGGGUCAGGGAACGGAGCGCAUUCGUUCGUGGUACCUACAGGCCAUCGGCUCCCUCCUCUACAUCUCCCUUGGCACUCGACCCGACAUUGCCUUCGCCGUCUCGUACCUGUCCCGGUUCGCCAACAACCCCGGCCGCCGCCAUUGGAUUGCCGUCAAACACGUCCUUCGCUACCUUCGCGCCACGUACCGCGAUGAGCUUCUCUAUGCCCGCGGCCCAGCAAAAGUCACGGGUGUGGUUGGUUAUUCUGAUGCGAACUGGGGCGCCUGCGUCGACACAUCCAUUUCAACGAUGGGCUACGUAUUUUACUUGGCAGGCGCCGCUGUCUCUUGGUCGUCGAAGCGUCAGACUCGGGUAGCGGAUUCCACCACUGAUGCCGAGUACCUGGCCUUGUCGCACGCGGGUAAGGAAGCGAUCUACCUUAACCAACUCCUCUCCGAGCUCCACGUUUGCCCAAUCGCUGCAGCUCACAUCUUCACCGACAACGAGGCCGCGGCCGCCGUCGCUCACGACCCCGUUCGCACCUCCGGCACCCGGCACAUUCGCCUCCGCGAGCAUUUUGUCCGUGACAUGGUCAAUCGAGGUGAUAUCUCUCUCUCACACGUUGGCACAGCAGACAUGGUUGCGGACGUAUUCACCAAGGCGCUAGGCCCCAAGAUUUUUGGUACACAUUGCUAUGCUCUAGGCCUCCGGACGCGACAUCCACGGCUCAAGUCUACCUCGCGUUCGCGUGGGGGGGGGUGUGAGGAAUCCACUCUCCGCUCGGCUCAGGACUUAGGCGCGCGGAGCGAACCGGGCGCGGACUUAGGCGCGCGGAGUGAGCCGGGCGCCCCGGCCCAGGACUUAGGCGCGCGAAGCGAGCCUGGGACUUAG